GUAGAGGAAGCAAUGGAAGAAUUCAUAGGCCCUAAUAGACAAAAAUGGUCCAGUAGGGUUCCAGAACAAAUGUUACCAGCUACUACAGCUUUUACCCAGGUCUGUGCAGGGCAAGGUGAGGGAGAUGUCAGAAGAGAAGCCCAGACUACCCAAUAUGAUCCCUACAGUAAAGCUUCAAUAACUCCAGGGAAGCGGCCUGCUGCUCUUCCUUUGCAAGUGCAGUAUCCACAUACGGAAAGUAAUGUUACUUCAGAAACAGUUUCAGAGGCCUCCCAGAGACUCCAAAAGCCAGUGAUGAAGAGAAAGGUGCUGCGGAGAAAGCCAGAUGGGGAGGUAUUAGUGACAGAUGAAUCAGUUAUCACUGAAUCAGAGUCUGGUGUAGAAAAUGAUAUGGAUCUCUGGGACUUAAGACAAAGGCUGAUGAAUCUGCAAUUCCCUGAAGAUAGGAGAUCCCCAGUUGAAAUUUCACAAAACUUUAAUCUACCACAUGAAUACCAAAGACUUACUCAAGGAGACCAACUCCUAUACUGUCUUCGAAGAGAAGGAAUGGGUUCCCCAGCAUAUGAACAAGACUUGAUUGUUGCCAGCCGACCCAAGUCCUUUAUUCUGCCAAGAGUAGACCAGUUAAGCCGAAACCGGGGCAAGAUAGAUCGGGUAGCCCGAUACUUUGAGUACAAACGAGACUGGGACUUAAUGCGGUUACCUGGUGAAGAUCAUAGGAAGGAAUUACGCUGGGGUAUCCGAGAGCAGAUGCUUUGUCGAGCAGAACCUCAAUCCAAGCCUCAGCACAUAUAUGUUCCAAACAAUUACCUAGUACCAACCGAGAAGAAAAGAUCUGCCCUGCGUUGGGGUGUUCGUUGUGACCUUGCAAAUGGUGUAAUGCCCAGGAAGUUUCCCUUCCCUCUUUCUCCUUCUUAA